CCUGUGACACGAAAUCAACUUACGCGAGGAAGAUGCGGACGUGUUAUGUAUGAUACGUCAUCAAAUAUGUCAGCCUCCUGGUGACAGCAGCUGAAUUUGAUCAUUGAUCGAGGGAAUUAAAAUGGUUCAUUCAGAAGAGUGCGACAUUAUAUUUCGAUUGAAAGGAAUCUUGGAGUUUGCUUGCCAGCUUGACAACCCAAAUGGUGCACAAAGUCAAGGCACGAUAUCAAAAAGUUUCCAGGGUCUCCAAUCCAAAGUAUCAUCCAAAAAUAUUGUUUUAACUGUCUGUAACAGUCCAGUAUUAAUAUGGCCUAACACUGGUUUCCAGUCAAACGUGGAAAGCUUGACAGAAGCAUCAUCAUGUGGAGAUAUUCUGCAGUAUAUUGAGUUAGAUGAUAGUGGGACCAAGAAGUCAUCAAAAAAGAAAGAUAAGAAAAAAUCUGGACCUACUGUAGUGAAUAUGAAGCUGUUGUUUGAGGUCACAGAACCUGCUGGGAAUGAAGCUCCUAGUCUCAUCAGAGUGAGCACACAGCAGCAUUGUGUGAAGAUGCCACUGCCUUUAGACUGUGUUCUGUCUGUGACCACUGAUGAGAGCAUGGCAACUGUGUGUACAGGGCUGGUGGAGGCAUUAAAUAAGCAGUUGGCAGACAUGGAAGAGGUGGUGCUACGAUACAGGAAGGGCUCCUCUUUCCUGGUGCCACAGCCAUUUCACUUUCAACUGCCUGAACCAGCUGGGUUCACUACUGUAAUCUACCCUGCAGGAGUGCCAGACAGCCAGCUACAGGAUGCCAGAGAGGAUCUGCACAAUAGGUUUAAGUUGCCAAGUGACAGGCCAUACCUGAGACGUGCCAAUGCCUUUCAUUUCCCUGAUGCAGCCUAUAAAGACGGUUACCUCCGCAAUCCCCACAUACACCUGAACCCACCCAACAUUGAGGAUGCUAAGCUGUAUCUGGUGCAGGGUGUGUACAGUUAUCAUCACUACAUGCAGGAUCGUGUGGAUGAUGAUGGCUGGGGAUGUGCAUAUCGUUCCCUUCAGACUAUCUGCUCCUGGUUUCAGCAGCAAGGAUAUGUGGAGACAGCUGUGCCCACACACACGCAGAUCCAGCAGGCUCUUGUGGAUGUUGGGGAUAAAGAGCCACGAUUUGUGGGUUCACGUCAGUGGAUUGGCUCCAUCGAAGUUCAGGCUGUCCUUAACCAGCUGCUGGGGGUCACCUCAAAGAUCAUGUUUGUCAGUCAGGGAUCAGAGCUGACAACCAAGGGCAGAGAGCUGGCCAACCACUUUCAGACCGAAGGAACUCCUGUCAUGAUUGGUGGCGGAGUACUUGCACACACCAUUUUAGGCGUAGCAUGGAGUGAGAACACUGGACAAAUACGCUUUCUUAUCUUGGACCCUCACUAUACUGGUGGAGAGGACCUGCAGACCAUCACUGACAAAGGCUGGUGUGGAUGGAAGGGGCCAGAGUUCUGGGAUCAAAAUGCUUAUUACAACCUCUGCCUUCCCCAGAGACCCAAGACCAUCUGAGUCACGUGCAUGACACGUAUCCACUUUUAUUCAUACUCUAAGUUCAUGGAUACACAGGAAGUCUCAUGUUGAAAUGCAAACCGACAUGUCACAAAAAAGUGAUUUAUUACUCAUUGUCCUUACAAUGUUUUAAAUGUCCAUGCCUAUUGUAACAUCCGUUUUCAGUCACGCUAAAGGUUACAUUCAUUUCAGAAACAUCUCACAUGAUUUUCAGCCAGGCUGCAAACGGAUGAUAUUAAUGACGACAUAUCCUCGAGACUUUUACCAGUUCAUCAUACAUUAAAUUCACAAGAUAUCUUUGAACCGUCUACACAAGAUAAGGCUUCCUGCAAAUCAAUAAAAAGAAACAGCAGCUAAAAUAUCUUCCUAAAACGGCAAAUGUUUCCUUAUUCAUUGACUAUUGCAAAGUCUCUGACUUUGUGAGGGUCUCUGACUUUUCUCAGAGACCUUUGGGGAGACCUGAACCUCUGCUUAACUAAUCUUGCCUUAUUAAGAACGUCUUGAUUAGCCAAGCUUGGCAGCAAGUCAGCUCUCUUCUCUUUUGCUCAUUGCAGCCACAUAUUUAUACACUGUCAUAAAACUCUGAAAGCAUUUCAGUGCCAUCAGGGUUUUUAUAUGAUUGCUUCACAACACACAUGUGAUCCAAGUUAAAUGUUGCACUUUUCCAGUGAAACCCACAAGUCUCCCCCUCUCCCCCAAAGAAAAUUCUCUGCUUUUUCCUUGAUUCCUGUCUGCUCUGUGUUGGCAGGUAUAUGUAUGGAGCAUGGCUCUGAACCGUUCUGGAGUACUAGUGUCAGUCAUUACUAUUGUACUUAAGACUCCAAAUCACUGACCCCAGAACGGUGUCAAUUUAUCUUGACUGCUGAAGCUACAGUAUAGGCUCAAUACCAAAUGUCCACCGGUAAUUCAGACUCUUGAUGACAUAAUGAUACUUCUGUUUACCAUUCACACCAGUAAUGGUUAAACAAGCCUAUAUGUUACUUCAAAUUCUCUCUCUC